AUGAAAUUGCUGUGCGCAAUCCUCUGCCUAGGCAGUACACUCGCUUCCUCCAUCCACGAUUCUCAUCAACUCCGACUUCCUUUCGUUCCUUCUUCCGACAACAUUGAAGAUGGUGUCCGAUCAAGACUCUCCAUCGAUUUGUCCAUUCAGAAUGGAAGCCUAUACGCCAAUGAAUAUCAACUCUAUCCUCCAUCAGCGACAAUGCAGCUCAAUGCGCCCCUCUACGAAGUCACAGACCGAAUUAAUCCCAGUGACAAAACUGCUGAAUUAUCCUACAUCCUCGAGACCCAACCACUCCCCACAAACGAAAUCGGUUCCAUGGCGGAUAUGAUCCGCGUGCGAGUCGAGUUAUUCGAUCUACAGGGCAACCUGGUCUCACCGGACGCCGUAAUCGUUGACCUUCACGCCUACCAAAAUGGAAAUUAUGGCAUGACCCGCAUCCGUGUCGAACCAGCCCGCGGCAGUGACCAGGACGGGAAUUUCUAUCAAAAGAGCCAGGCAUGGGUGGUGAAUUACUGGAGGACCCAAUUCGGUUCCGUUUUCGAGAAGCCUAGAAGCAAAUCCAGGACCACGGAGCCAACCCACGACUCAGCCCCGGUUCCGAAAUCCCCCCACAACGGUGCUAUCAAGGUCAUCAACAGUGGAACCACAACGGAAUCCAAGAGUCGUUUCUUUUCCUUCUGGGCUACUCCGGCUCACCUCCACCACCACGCUGAACACCGUCGUCCUCACCACAGCCACCAUCACAAGAACUCUUUUAUGCGCAUCAUCCGUCCCAUCAUUCUUCCUGCUUUGUUGGGUACUGUCGCUGGGCUAAUGGCUUGUUUGGUGGGAUUCUUCGUCGGAAGCCUGCUGAUAUCCUUGGCGGUGCGCCUUGGAUGGCAGAAGGUACUAGGCGACAGAUCACGCAUUAUCUCGGUCGAAGAAGGCAUGGUUUCUGAAAAAGUCUCCAUGAUGCCACAUGUUUACGUGACAGACACAUCCGAGUCGAAUGUAUGA